CCUUCUAUGUCACUGGUCUCAAACUUCUCCUCUUUCUUCUUCUUUCUUCUUCUUUUGUUUCUGCUUUUCUUCUUUCUCUGCUUUUUCUUCUUCUUCUUCUGCUUCUAUAUUACUGAGGUAGUCCUGGAUUUCUGUAUUUUGAAGUAGAAUUUUCUUGAAGUUUUGUAUACUCUGUUACAAUAACAGAGGUUGUUCUGUUUCUUGUUCCUUUUCUUCUUUCUCUUUAUUUUCACAGAUCGGGUCCAAACUAUAUAAGGAGAAUGUCGGAAUCACCCCAAAGGAAAAAAUCGAGUCUUCCCCCGAAAAGAGGACAGAUAAAGGCUCAAAUUUUUAGCAGCCUUGCGAAUUCUGUGUCUUCCACUAUCUCUAAAACAGGGGAAUCUAUUCGAAACGUUUUUGGAAAAAGUGGUGGCGAUUCAGGUUCAGCUUCUGCGUCUUCUGCCUCAACCCCUCCCCAAAGUGGCUACAAUUCUGAGACCAAUAACUCUGAUGUUUCCUAGAAUCUAACAUCAUCAUGUGACUUCUACGACCACGUGGGUUAACCAAUGAUUUUUGGUGGUUGACCAAGGCCUUUCCUUAAACUCUGCUAGUAAUGUUUAUGACAGACAGAAAUAUAGCCGCUAUUCUACUCUGUCUCUUAUCUUAUGUGUUUUUUCUUGUAUCUAUAUGCUGUGAAAUUUAUCACAGAAAAUUAACGAAAACUGUUAUCUAUUAAUUACUGUUUCUUU